AUCGCUUAUACCAGUAUAUACUAGCAGAUAUUUUAAUUCGUACAGUGCUCACAAAUAUUGAAUAGGCUGAUGACAUUUGGCUGAUGACAGUCAAUGAGCUUCGAUACGCUUUGGUCAACGACGACGACAGCGCCCUAUCGUAAGCUGUGACAGUGGUGACAGCGCCAUCAAAAUUCGGUAUAAAGAUGGCAGUGUGGAGAGUCCGAUACCGAGCCAACAGCAAAAAUUGCCUCGGACUGUAAGACGACGGCAGUGAAACUCGCUCGGAGGUCGAACGGUUGUUUUCGGUAAAUAAUCAUUGCACUCGUUGCUUGGUUGGCUGUGUCAGAGGCGUGUGCCCUUGCCAGCUGCACUGGGCUGCGCCACGGCUGCGCCUCGCACAAGGCUGGCUGCGGUAGUAGCAGUAGUAGUGACUGCGGAGGUGGCGGCGGUGUCAAGGUGAUGAUUUCGGAGCGACGUGCUGCAACGCGUGUUCGUAGUAUUGAGUAGUUAUGAGCUCCGAGGAACUGAACUCUUCUCUUUCUGACGACCUGGACGAACUGCGUUGUUCCCAAGUGGUGGGAACACUUUGCUUUUCUGACGCUGCAGAUGACACGGGGGAGUGUUUCGUCUCGUCGACGUCGAGAACCAUUCGCUCGUGGUCAAAGACUUCACAGCCAAACGACUUGAUGGCCUCAGCAGGUGAUCCUCCAUCCAGAGUAGGGCCUCAACAGGUGGUCUUUGAGAUUGUGUCUGCCAAAACAGUCGUUGAAGGACGUAAGAAGUUUGUGUGCUACACAGUGCUUGUGAAAAAGAGCCCUGGACUGGAGCGACUUCCAGGGGUCCUGGAGCGUCGCUACUCUGAUUUCUCGGCCCUGUUUGCGGGUCUGCGUCGCCGCCACCCAUCAUGCGUGGCUCUGCGCGACUUCCCUUUCCCCCGCAAAGCCCUGCUGGGAAACUUUACCACUGAGGUGAUAACAGAACGUAGUUUGGCCUUUCGCCACCUGCUGUCUCGUGUUCAUGCAUCGCCGGAGCUACGUCGAUCACCAGAGUUUGCAGAAUUCACAUGGCGUCGGGAGGUUUGCCGGGCUCACCGCCUGAUGACUGCUGGCCAGUUUGAAGAUGCCUCUGUCUUGCUUGAAAAUGCUUACUCCGUACAAGAGAAAGUUCUUGGAGAUGGCGACCCGGACACAUUCACCACCCUGGCGGUGCUCACAGCUUGCCUGAAUGCAGUAGACAAUGUGGCUGAGGCACAGAAAUAUGCUGAGCUCGCCCUGUCUAAGCGGCUGCCUGGCAUCUCUGCAUCAAAUCCCAGCGACCUAGAGGUGCCAUUACUUGUGCUGGCAAUUCGGCUCUGGUGGGCGGUGGGAAAGGAGAAGCGUGAGCUGGAGGAGCGACUGCGCCAGGUGAAGGACACGGGAGUCAAUGUGGAUGCUCUGCCGACACUGCUUGAGCUGGUACUCAAGAAGGAUAGUGCUACCUUGUAUUCAUCCUAACAUGAUAGACUACCAGCACUUGCUCCUCGUGGGCUGUGUUUCCCCCACAGUGCGCGGCUGCAAGCCUUUGGGAUAUUGCAGCUCUUCUUUUUCGUCUGUGGAUGAGGUCAGUAUUUCAUUUUCCGUGCACAAACGGUUAAGUAGAUGCAACUGGACAUCACUUACUGCAUGCGACUUCUGUGACCUGGAAUCUUGAAGCCUGUGACAACGGGAGGCUUUGGAACAUUAAACAGCCUUUAACCUUGCGGGAGUUUCAAGAAGCAUCUGCAGUUACAUCUUGUGUGCAAGUUAAAAUGUGAAGUGUGAAUUGAACAAGGAUUUGUGAAGUUUGGAUUAUUGCUUUGGUUUUCUGUCAUUGAAUCUUUCAGCUACAUUUUUAGUCAUUGCCUUAAAGGAGUUCUGCUACACCUCUCAGUGCUGCAGCUUUCUUUGCUUUUUUUGCUCCCUCAUUUUGUCAUGGCAUAAUCAUGCCUGGUGCAGCACAUUAUGUGCCCGUUAUACUUGGCCAGUUUUGCAUAACUGUGCUGCAUCUUUUGUUUCUUUCUGAUUUGUCAGCGUGGGAAUAUUUUUUGCUCACCCAUUCAAAGAAACCUUCCAGUGGUGGUGCCAUGGUGAUGGACUAAAUCAUGAGAAAAGGGGAAUGGGGGUGUUGCAGAGCACUGUUAAUUAAGAGCACUAAAUGCCAUUGCGUUUCCAAGAAAAAUGCGGCACACUAUGCAAGGCUUCGGUUGGGGAAAUUGGGGUAGAGCAGAUAUCUGUCUCAGAUGCACCAGUGUCCAGCUAACCCAUGUGUGGCAGGUAAGUGCACUUAAAUAAGCACUUUAACGUACAGGCUUUUUCUUAUUGACAAUCCUGAAAUUGUUUUCAGAUGGCCAUUUGAAUAUGAAAUUCAAGGUGUUUUCAGUGUUUUUAAUUUCGAGGCUUAAUGAAAUGCAAGUUCAGGCAGUAGUAUGCUUUAUACUGGUAUAAAGGUAGCAGUUACAUACCUUUGUACUGGUAUAUAACUCGGCACCAAUGACACAGUGGCCCAGGUUGACAGCAAUCGUUUGGAAGCGAAUGGUCAGGGCAUGGGCUGAGCACCAUUGGGGGCUCAGUUCAAACCAAUGCCACUUUCAUUGUGGGUAGGAGCAUUUGUUGAAGCAAGGCUAUUCUUUCAGUUAGCAUUGUUUUGUGCUGCAGUGAAAACUGCAAUGCUGUACACCUUACUUUCUUCUUCUCGAACUGCACGUUUGCCAGAUACAUUUGUUAUAUAGUCUUGUGGUUGGCACAUGCAUGCACAGAGAAAACAUAGAAAGGUGUCUCAGAAGUAUGGUUGUUUGCAUGAUGACACAGUGAAAUAAAUUAGAAUUGUGUUGAAGGUAGUGGCAAGAUUUUGCUAUGAGGCACAACUUCACUGCUGAAGGGGAAAUCGGGAUCUUCUUGGAAGCAUUCACUGAUAAUCGGUAUGAAGUAUAGAAUUUUUAAAGUGGAGUAUGUGUCAACAGUAAGAUCAGGAUAAUAUUGUAUGUCUGCUUUAGGCACGUAUACCAUCCUCCUUAAAUAUAAAUUUUGCCAAGUCAUGAGGUACAGAUCCAUUGUAUAUCUGGAUGUGUAAGUUCAUUGUCUUUGACAGAGUGCCUGAACUGCCUCAUUUAUAGCUUACCCCUUAUACAGCUCAGGCCAGUAAUGCCAGUGAAUGAAUUCUGCAUUCCUUCUUUGAAGAGCGACUCCAAUCAUUAUAUUUUCCCACAUUUUAUAUUAAUCUUAUUUAUAUUAUGUAAUUGUCAUCGUAUAGGAACCAUUCAGAGCUUGGGCUUUCAGAAAAUGAAAACACUGGCACAGUGAACUAUGUGUUUAAUAGAUGAUGACAAUAAUGGCCAAUGCAGUUUAGCAUUCUUAGCUUCUCAUGGUCUGAUCACGUCACCAGCAACCUGGUUUCUUUCCUUGGGUUAUAGUGAGCCUUCAGCACUUUUGGUAAAACCUAAAAAAACAUACCAUAUCCAUUUAGUGGAAGUAUGUACCAAAUACCAAAUUCAUUUUUAAGCAAAAGAAAAAAAAAAGGAAUUUUUAGGUCAAUAAAGCAUAAAGGGCAACCAUGCUGGCAUUUAUGCAUGAGUUUUUCGCCAUUCGGCUUCUUCAUAUGGUAGGAGUACAAGUCUACCGUAGAGUUGACAUAUGUAAUUUAGAAAUAUAGGUGAAAAAAUUAGAACUGUUUCACACUUAACGCGACCUCGUAAAUGUACUGUUCACUGCAUUUUGUAUGCAUGUUAUUUGUAAAUUGGGUACACUUCUUUCCUUGUUUAGCUCUCCCUCUUUGGCAUUGGAUGUCACUGCAUUUUUGGAUGAACUCUUAGUUGCAUAGUGAGUAGAUGUGAUGGUUGCAGCUGCCUCAUAACUGCUAUGCUGCUUUUGGUGCAUUGUUGACUUUUGAGCUAUCUCUCACUAGUGAGAAGGAGCAAAUGGGGCCCAUAAUGUAUUACGCUAACUGAAAAUAGUGUUGACCACUUAACAGCUUGUUAUGCUGGUGGGUUUUAAUACAUUGUAUGUGAAAGCUGUGUAAAGUUGGCCCUCAUAUAUUGUGCACAUUUACAAAAAUACGAUUUUCAGACUGGCUGAACAUCUUUCACUAGUCUGCACAGACUAGCUAAAAAUAGCUAAACCUAUAUGUAGCAAUACUUGUAGGCUUCCAUGUGAAUAAAAUAGUUGGCAAAAGAAGUUUGUUGGUAAAAAUUAAAGGGUUUGCUUAAUUAAAAAAUAAAAAAAACCCGUGAGCUGAACCUUCAUGUUAAAGAGACACUAGAGGCAAAUGUGAAGCUUAGAUAGAGUGAUCAGAUGCAGCUUAAAGCCUCCCAGCAUUUGUUAUGUACAAAUAGGUGACUUAGUUGCUGAGCAAAUCAUGGUUGAAGAUUGGUCAUGGUUGAAUCAUGGUCUUUUCCUCAGUCUAAAUUUCCUGAGAAAACAUGGGUACAUUGCUCAUUUGUCUGUGCAACACAGAAGUACUACAUUGAGCUUGCAAUCUAGGAGGUCGAAUUCUGGUAAACACUGCACUUUUGGUGAGUAAGAGGGCUGCACAGAGGGGGUACCAAGUACUGCUGUCAAGGCAGUGGGAAGAGUUAGCAUGGAUUAGCUGUUAUGUGGAAAAGUUAAACAAAAUUGGAAAACUUCAUUUUCUUUGACCAAUUGCAAUGUAAUUUGCUUUCUGUUAUCUCUCAUUUACCACUCUUGACACAUUGUUGUCAGAAUGAUAUAACUGGGAGCUGUUUGCGCAUUUCCAAAAUGGUGGCGCCACUCCAUCACAUUUGCAUUUUCCCAUUUUGUGGAAGCUCUGUUCUUGAUAAGUGUUGCAUAACAUUUUAGUGCUAGCAGACAAGAACAAAAGGGAGAUGUAGACAACACUAUGCGCUAAGUUCAACCAUUUUGAAGUUAGUACAUUGUGGUGUCUGCCUCCCUUUUGCGUUGAAUUUCCCUUUAGGAGCCUGAAACAUCAUGCAUUUUCCUGUGCUGUUUGCAUUGCUGAUUGAUGACAGUCAUGCGGUCAUAUUUUUUUAUUUGGUGUUUUGUAGCUUUGUGAGAAUUGGGCAAUUUCUGCCACAUAUUUUUGCAGAAGGAAAGUCUUUUGAUGGCAUCAAUGAUUGGUCAUUCUCAUUUUAUGUUCUUUGCUUUGUAUGAGUUAAAAGAACUACGAGCUUCAAAAACAUUUUUAACAGCUGUAUUUGGUACAUGGCUGCGACAACCAUGGCAGACUUAGAAUAUUAAAAUUGACAGAGAUUUCUAGCACAGAAAUCGGUAUAGUCGUUGUGAAAAAGUAGCUUUUUGAUAUGUUGGAGGCUUCGCUUCUUCUUCUAUAGAAGCUGCAUGUCUCUGGUGUACCAGAGCAGCAGUGUAGUGCCAUUGCCCUGGUGAAGCUGUGUACUGGUGCAGGGUGCUGUGGGAAACAUUGCACUGUUACUGCUGCUGGAGGCAGGUUACAUUGCUGCAGCUGCUGCAGCAGUGAUGUACCUUGUAACUUGCUAAUAUGCUGCGCCCUUUCUUCUUUUUUUUUUUUUGCUUGCCUUGUCCACUUUGAGUAUUGGUUUUGCUUUGCUUCUCCUUAUUUGCUUUGGCUCUUGUCAUUUGUCACCUUGAAGGAGUCGGGACAACCACAACCAAUAAUUUAUUAAAAUGCCUCGGAACAUUGGUAGCCGCUGUUAGAAAACAGACAGGUGAUGUCAGGGAAUCGAUCAAGAGUGUGGAAUCAUUGUAUGUACAGAGCAGCAAUGUGUAGUUAAAUCUUCUGUCCAUGAUUGCAUGGCUGAAUGAUUGGGUGCAUUUACUUACUUAGCCUUGAAAAAAUAAGUGUUCCAAGGCCUCUUGUAAAACUUACUGUAAAAAAAAAAAAGUGAGCUUCGGAAACUUCAUGUAAGGCUGGUUUUGCUGGGCUAUUCUAAGCUUAACUGGGAAAGGCAUUUUUUCGUGUAUAUCUAUUGCAGACAUUGAAGUCUGAAACAUUCCGAAAAUAUGCUUGGUGGUUAUGCUCAGGAUAUUGGUAAGCAGAAGCAUAAUUUGAAAGAAAUGCAUUUACGCUGCCACUGAGUAAAAAAAAGACAUUUAAUUUCUGUAUGCUUUCCAUUAGCUUAAGCUGCAGUGUCGGAACAUUAAAUUGAUGGUGGCUUUAGUAGUCGUGAUGUACAAUUUUCAUUAUAAGAAAACUGUGACUGUGGAGAACGACUUGCAAAAUUGCCUCAUUAUAAUGAGUACGUUUAAUUUUCAGAACUAGUCAAUGUGCAUUGUCACUUGCUGCUGUGGCUUAGUGGCUAUGCUGAGCAUAAAGGUGUGCUUUCAAUUUCAGUCCACGAUGGUUGCAUAUAGAUGCCAGUGGAAUGGAAGAAUAGUUGUGUACCAAGCAAUAGGUAUAGUCAGAAGCAAAAAUCUAGAAAAAACAGCAUCGGCAAAAAAUUCAAAUGUCUUUGAGCAUAGGUUUAAUGUGGCAUUGUCGGAGUGUCAAACCGAAACCUUUUUCAUUCCUGUUUUCAUUCCGCUUCAGUGAAGACAGUUCAGUUUCACUUCAACUUCAGAGUGAGAAAAUAAUGGUUCAAACCAGUUUGAAACGACUCUAGUUCAAACUGAAAAACAGUUACAGGAAAACAGCAUAAAUUUAUUUGCUAAAAAAGCUUGACGCUGCUAAGCCGCAUGAAAAGAUUGCACAUGUUCUUCAAGCCACAUGUAGUUAGUAAAAAAAUAAUUAAGCAGAUCCAAUGUUAGUGCUGGAGUCUAUGUAAAGCGAGGCAGUAUGGAGAAAGAUAGAAAUGAGGAAUUGCAGUCCUCUAGCCUACAACUCCUCUCUGUAGAGGAAAGGGAAAGAGGAGAAAAAGAGCUAGGGGUCUUUGGAGUGAUGAGGAUAGGUAGUAGGAUGGGACUAUAUAUGCAUUCUUGUCUAAAUGGCCCAUUCACAGCCUUGACUCUAAAUCGGCAGGCUAAAUUCUUAAACAGCCUUGAUGGCUUGCUUCAUUGAUAUGCACUGCCAAGAUCCCGGUAACACUUUUUUUUUUUACUGUCUGUUGUAUUUGUGCUAACAAAUAGGCUUUGUGAAUGCAGGCCUUGGGCCCAUAUUCACAAAGGGCUCUUAUGCUAGGACUGUUUGUUAUGAAGUUUCAGCCAAUCCUGAUGUUUGACUUAUUUGUAUUAGUGAGGGUGGCCAGCCAAUGGCAAAGAGCAUUUAAAAACAAAACGCUUUGUGAAUUCGGCCCCUGGAUCCUAUUUGGCAGCAACACGGACGAGUGGCCAAAGUUUUCUUAAGGAGAGCUAGGACGAGCACAGCUCUGACCCUGUGCGGCUGCCACUCAUUUCCAAAGGGAACACUUCUUGUCAUAGCUGACCAGACACAUCAACAGAUCGCUGUUUGAGGUGCUACAUCGUAAAGCGAGCCAACGUCUUUCACCUCGUAUAGGAGUUAGCACCGAUGCAAAAUUAUAAGAAGUCUACUCGCAGCUCUCCAUUGCGCAAGUUUUCAGCAGUGUAAGAGGUCAAGAGGGAAGCCACAGCACAGAAAGAUAUCGUGGACUGUCGUAGAAUCUUUGUGCGAGAUGUCAGUGCAUGGAUGAAAAGCUCCAGAAAGGUGGGCAACCUGAAACUACAACUGUUAUUUUUUUUCUUU